UUCUGAUAGGUAUUUAUUUAAAAACGAGUAAAACAUCAAAAGAGCUAACGAAAAAGUAAAAGAGAGCCUGGGUUCGAAUCCCCCCGCGCUUGUCAAAAAAAUUCCUGCUCGGUUCAUUUUUGAACUGAAAACGGCUCCAAGGGUUUCGGAGCUCGAGGCUCAGAUCGAGAGUUCGAAUACUGGCAGGGAAAAUGAGUACGGCGGAAGCGAGUGCCAGUGUUAAGAAGGAAGACCAGGAGAUUAGUGGAAACCCCAAAGGCGGAGAACUCUUGUUCUGCGGGGCGACUAUGUGGGAGGCAGCUGGCCGUAAGAAUGUGGAUUUUAGCAGCACGAAUCUUGUCUCUCCCGUACGCCUCACGUCUCUCAUGGGGAUCAAUAUCACUUUUGUAGCUGCGGGCUGCGCAUCAAAUCACUGUGUCGCAUUGGAUGUGGAAGGGCGUUGCUAUACUUGGGGUCGUAAUGAUAAGGGACAACUGGGACAUGGAGACCUUGUACAACGCGACAAGCCAACUCUGGUAUCAGGAUUAUCAAACCUUAAAAUAGUAAAAGCUGGAGGUGGAAAACAUCAUACAGUUGUUGUGGCAGCGGAUGAGAGUUCAUUUACAUUUGGCUGGAAUAAGCAUGGGCAGUUAGGUACAGGAUCUACAAAAAAUGAGGUGGAGAGUUCACCAGUUCGAUGUCUUGUAACACAAGUCACUAAUGCUGUUUGUGGAGCUGAUUUCACUCUGUGGCUUUCUACUGUUCCUGGGUCUACCAUCUUGACUGCAGGUCUUCCACAGUAUGGUCAGCUUGGUCAUGGAACUGACAAUGAGUAUAAUGCGAAGGAGUCUGCAGUGAAACUAGCCUAUGAAGCACAGCCUCGUCCUCGUGCUAUUGCUAGCCUGUCAGCAAAAACCAUCACUAAAGUUGCAUGUGGUAGCAAUCACACAGUCGCAGUGGAUUCAGAUGGAUUUGUUUACACUUGGGGUUACGGAGGGUAUGGGAGGUUAGGCCAUAGGGAACAGAAGGAUGAGUGGACUCCACGUUUGGUGGAAAUGUUUCAAAGGAGUAAUGUUUUGCCUCCUACUGCUGUGGUGGCAGCUGGUUCUGCUCAUUCUGCAUGCACUGCUGGUGGUGGUCAACUGUACAUGUGGGGCAGAGUGAAGCAAACUGGUGACAAUUGGAUGUAUCCGAAACCAGUUUUUGAUUUGAGUGGAUGGAAUAUACGAUGCAUAGAUUUUGGUUAUACACAUAAUAUUUGUGGUGCUGAUGAUUCAUGCAUUGGCUGGGGUGUGUCCCAAAAUGGAGAGCUUGGGUUUGGUCCGUUAGGUCCAAAGUCAUCUGCAAAUCCGAAGAAGAUUGACAUUCUUGAUGGAAUGCAUGUGCUAAGUGUUGCAUGUGGCUUUUCACACUCACUUAUAGUUGUUGAUCGAACAAUACUGGCUGAUCGAAUAGAAAAGCUUGAAAUCUUUGAUGGUGAGAGACCUUCUCAAGAUGAUAUUGAGGUUGAGGAGGAAGUACCGGCUAAGAAUACACCUGUAAGCAAAUCAGGAAAGAAAAGGAAGGGCGCUUCUGAUGAUGUGCCUGUGGAAGCAUCUGUUAAGUCCGAGAAAAAGCCUCGCAAAAAGGCAUCAAAGAAAAAAUAUUCAUCAAACUCAGAUAAUAGUGAUGAUGAUGGUGGUGAUGAUGAUGACACGUUCAGUGAAGAAGAUGCAAAUGGUUCUUCAAAGAGUCACAGUAAAAGCCGUGGCCGUGGCCGUGGCCGUGGUGCUAGUCGUGGAGCAUCCACUGGUCGUGGUAAAUCAAGUAGAGGUCGAGGGAAAGGAAAAGGUGCCAAAAGUGGCAAAGCUAGAUAAGUUACUCAAAUCUACUAACAAAGCUUGACCUACAGGAUAUGUCAAAGCCCAUUUGCCAAGUAAAUUAAAAUUUUGAAACUAGCUUUUGGAUUAUCACUUAUUCAGCAUCUUCUAACGGAAAUAUUCAAAUUGUAUAUUUUGGUUGAUGGCGUAGAGGCAUAUUUCAGGUCCUGCUGGUCCGAUACUUUUUGCAUACUGUAAUUAAAUUUUUAUUGAUUCAGAAAUCUAUUGUCACAACAUUGGCCUAUUUAUUUAUAUUAAACAUGAUUUGGGAGAAUGAGUAAAGAUUUUAGCGGCUUCAUUGUUGUA